AUGAUGCAGUCCAACAACACUGGUGAACUCCUCUUGCACCGUUUCGAUGCAUCUGUAAAGAUGGUAGACAUCAAGAGAGAACAGUCCGAUCCCGACCCCUGCUCUCUGAGUAUGGAAGAGUUUGAGGACAAAAUCAACAUCUGCGACGACGUAUACAUGGCCCGAUAUCGGGUCCUGAGUGUCCUUACCAACUACGAAAGGAUGCGUCCCAACAUGCCCAAGACGAUCCAGCUGAUGGUCACCGACUUUCUCAAGCAUGAGAAAUGGGUGGACAGCCCCUCCAGCCCUAGCCAAUCCCGCCUAUUCAAGAACCUAAUAGGCCGCGGGCGUCGAAAAGUGCUGAACUUCUCAAUGUGGUUGGUUGUGGCGGCUAUUUGGCCACGCAACAAGCGCGUCCUUGAAGUCGCGGGCGAUAUGUCAACCCUUUGGGGGCAGAGGUUCCCUAAAACACGACCCUUCUUCCCUGCAGGCAUCCCAGAGGACGAGGCACACAUCAAGUAUGAAGGAAAUGUUGCGCGGGAGGAAGAAUGUCCCGUCUCGGAUGCGGACAACAAAAAUUCCAAAGACAAGAACAAGACGAACAAAGAGGACAAUGGAGAUGGCAAUGAAGACCAUCGCUCCAAGCGCAAGUCUGACUCAAGUGAUAUCUUCAACAAGGCCACCAAAAAACAAAAGAUUGACCGAACUACCGUUUCGUCCAACAAUGGCAUCCCAGAGCCUUCCAGUUUGCAAAAGGCCUUAGGGGUUGAGAACGCAGAACAAGAAAGACUGGUUCAUCUAAGAAAGACAAUGAAGGAAAAGGACGAAGUAAUCAAACAAGAAGACGCGCAGAUCGCGAGUAUGUACACCCGAACUCAGUAUACGUUCAAAGAAUUCAUGGAGAGCUUCAAUGUCGCGGAUUCCUUCAUCGAGAAGGUCGCCGAAGAAAAGAACAGUCGAGACAAAGAAAUCAGGAAGCUGUCCGAUCGUAACAGAACGAUUGAGGCAAAACUCAAAGACGCGUCCUGCAAAGAGCACGAGCGGCAGGCGUAUAUUCAGCAACUGGAAGAUCAGAUCAAAGAGAUGCAAAAGCCGCGACAGAGUAAACCAUCAUACCUCGCCAUGAUGAUCAGUUCCUUCGAGAACAGUCACGACACCACGAUGGACGAAAUUAAGGUCGAGUUGAAGGCUGGACGGGAGGCUGUUGCUACUCUGACCGAAAAGUUUUCUAAGCUGGAGGAACGUCUUGACAAAUGCAACUAA